AUGCAUCUUCCUCUCAAAGCUCUCCUGUUGACGGCAGUCUUCUGCUCUUCAACAUCUGCGCAGGCUUCUACUUGGCCUUCGUUCAUCGAGGGUCAGCCCGCCCCUGAUGCUUGGCUGCAAAUCAGCUUGAACGAGACUGACUCCUUCGGUCUUCAAACAAACCUGACGGAGCGAACCAACGUUCAAAUCUGUGAGCGAAUUAUCACAGCGGCCGGAGCUUGUGCCGCUAUCGGGUCAUUUGUCAUCGCCUUUGCUCAGGCUAUGGGUUCCACGAUCAAGCAGAAAUCCAACGAACACUCCUGCAGCUCCGUGCGUGGAACCUACGAGUCUGUGUCUUGGAUUUACUACGCUACCGGCCGAAACUGCGACACCACCGCGCAGCGCGAGACCAUUGCAGGCGCAGUCAAGAAAUAUCUCCAUGAUGUCAAGGGCAACAAGCUCUGUGGCACUGAAUGCCUGCGUUUUGACCACGGAGGUACUUGGGAUGGCUGGUUGAAACUCGGACCUACCAGCAACUUCAACGCGGGCGCUUACUGUGGUUCUGAGCUGCAAUUCAGCCACUGCCUGUCUGGAGGCGAUGGCGACAUCUGA